GGGAGGCCGACAAAGUGGUUUUCCCACCGACUGUGUUUCAGUGACAGUGCAGAGGAAUUUAACAGCACAGUGUGAUUAAUGGUUUGAAGGGGUGAAUGCGGUCGGGCCUCUCCUCGGCAUCCAGAGAAAGCUCUUUCUGGGCUCCUUCCAUCCUUCAGGCUGUAUCAGGUGUCCAGGUUGUGCUGAGCAGGAGCUGCACUUAACUACCUUGUGAAUGAGGAGGAGAAGCGAUGUCUCCAGACGAUAGCUGUGGCAGAGUUUGCAGCAGGGGCUUAUAUAGCUGCCACUGGAAGCACUCGAGUAUACCGAGGAGAAAACGUGCUCUCUGUUGGUUCUCGGUUGUGAGCGUGGUCUCCCUGCUCUCCUUGUGCUGGAUGUACAUCUGUCUGGUUACGUUCAAUGACCGAGACGAUGUUAACUGGAAAGGCUUCGCAAAUCUGAAACGAUGGGUGAAUUGGUUCAUGGUGCUGAUUAUCAUUUCUGCUGUGCUAACCAGCUACUGUGUUCUGCUGCUGCUCUUUGCAUUGGUCCAAGUUGCCUUAGGGGAGCCGCUCAACUUACACUGGCUACACCAGAUCUUCUUAUUUUUUGGUGUGAUAUUCAUCACUUUUGGAGUCACAGGAAUUUGCUUCAAGUGGCCAAAAGAAUUGCCGACUGUUCCUUUGUCACUGCAGGCCACAGCUCCUUUCUUGCAGUUGGGUGCCGUUGCAGCGUUGACCCUGCUGAGCUUGUUUGUCUUCCAGGGCUUCCACAUGGCUGAGGAGACAUGGUCUAAGUUCCUGAUUGCAGUGAUAUUUGUGAUACUGUCAGCAGCCAUCUUCCUGUGUCCCCUGUACAUCCAGUCCCCUUGUCUGAUAGAGCGGACCAAAUUACCUGAAAAGCCAAAGCUUUUUGGUCACCGCGGCGCACCCAUGCUGGCCCCGGAAAACACCAUGAUGUCAUUUAACAGGAGCAUCGCGUGCGGAGUGACAGCCUUUGAGACAGACGUACAGCUCAGUAAAGACAGAAUUCCCUUCCUAAUGCAUGACAAUAACUCUGGGUUCUUGCUGCGAACGACAAAUGUCAAAGAGACGUUUCCCAAUAAAGAAUUCAGCCACAGCAGCAACCUGACCUGGGAGGAAUUACAGAGUCUGAAUGCAGGUGAAUGGUUCCUAAAGACAGAUCCUUACAGUUCAGUGUCCAAGCUCUCGGAAGAGGAGGUGGAAACCGCCAGAAAUCAGACCAUUCCCUCCUUGCUCCAGCUCCUUCACCUCGCCGGGCAGCACAACAUCUCAGUGCUAUUUGACCUAUAUAGCUCCAACCAGGAAAAUGACACAGUGGACACAGUCAACACCAUCUUGAGUUCUGGCAUUGAGCCAAGCCUGGUCCUCUGGCUUCCUCCAGCAGAAAGAGAAUAUGUAAAUAAGACUGCUCCAGGCUUCACACAGAUCUAUGACAACGAACAUGUUAUGGUUAAUGAAGGGGGGGAACACCUGAAUGUGAAAUACAGCAAGUUUAGUUCAGAAGAAAUCAGCGGCCAUCGGAGCAGGAGGGUUUCGGUGAACCUGUGGGUGGUUAAUGAGGGUUGGCUCUUCUCUCUGCUGUGGUGUGCGGGCGCCAGCUCUGUUACCACCAACUCCUGCCACCUUCUCAAAGAGAUGGAAGAGCCUCACUGGGUCAUGGUGCCUCUUACUUACAAAAUAAUAUGGAUUACAGUGGACAUUGUAUCGAUUCUGAUAAUGACGGGACUCUUCAUCUUGAAGUGGAAAACACGUUCCAGUGACAGAAAAGGGACAGACAGGCAAAGAAACAAUACUUCAACCUGGAACGAGAAAGAACUGUCUCCCUUCUUAUCCACCGGGUAGUUUGUUUGACCUUUUCUGGCACAAAACUGACAUAGAUCCUUUUCUGCACCGCCACAAUGGUUUGGACCUCAACCAGGAAGAAAGCAAGUUAAUAUAGCUAACCAUAAACUGUACUCUUAAGCCAAUAAAAAAUGAUCUUUUGUUUCUGUUUUAUAGAUUUAACUGUGUAUUAAUCAUUCUUCUGUUGCUACUGCUGUCUGAUUUGAUCACAGCUGGAAAGACGUGUAUAUGCUGUAAACUGAGCCAAAAGCACAAUGAAUAUUUUCUACACUG